UGAAUCUCAUCCAUCAAAAAAUGGAAAUUCCUCCCCGGCAAUUCCUGAUCCUCAUGGCUUUCUCUUUGUGCUUACACUUAAACGUAGGCUCUGUGAGGAGUCUAUGUCUUGAGGAUCAGCAUUUGUCAUUGUUAAAACUUAAGAAAACACUCAUUUUCGACCCUGCUAGUUCACACAAGCUCAUUUCCUGGAAUUCAUCAACCCAAUGCUGUUCUUGGCUCGGCGCCACAUGCAGCGGCAGUGGCCAUGUUAUUGGUCUCGACCUCAGUGAUGAGGGGAUUUCCGGCGGGAUCGAUAGCUCAAGCAGUCUCUUCAAUCUUCAUCAUCUUCAGAGCCUUAACUUGGCUCGGAACAGUUUCAAUGGCACUCGGAUUCCAUCUGGGUUGGGCAAACUUGCUAAUUUGCGCCACCUCAACCUCUCCAAUUCCGAAUUUUCCGGACAAAUUCCGGUUGAGAUUUCCGGCUUAACGAGGUUGGUCUCUCUUGAUUUGUCUAUAGAGGACCCAUACGAGGAUCCAUAUGUAUUGAAACUUGAGAAUCCAAAUUUGUCGAUGUUUGUUCGCAACUUAACGAGGCUUACGGAAUUACAUCUUCAAGGAGCCGAUCUAUCUGCGGCAGGACGUAAAUGGUGCCGUGCCUUGUCUUCACUACCUCAGCUAAGAGUAUUGAACCUGGCUGACUGUUUUCUCGCCGGCCCUAUCGAUUCUUCUCUUGCUAAGCUGAGGUCUCUCUCUGUAAUCCGAUUGAAUGGCAAGAAUAUCUCUGCUCCAGUUCCAGAAUUUUUGGGUAAUUUCUCAAAUUUGACUUUAUUGGAUCUCAAAUGGUGUGAUCUACAUGGAAAAUUUCCAGCAAAUAUUCUUCAACUGCCAACUCUACAGAGUCUUGACAUAUCAAUCAAUCAGUUGGUUCAUGUGUUUCUGCCUGACUUUCCAGAAAAUGGGUCUUUACAGAACCUGGUGCUGAGUGAAACAAACAUUUCAGGGAUGAUGCCAGCCUCCAUUGGGAACCUUAAGAUGUUGUCAACAAUGGAACUCCCAGGCUGCAAUUUAAGAGGGUCAAUUCCAAACUCGAUAGGAAGCCUUGCAAAUCUGCUUCUUUUGGACUUGUCUUGGAAUCAGCUUUCUGGGUCCAUUCCAUCUCUCAGUAUGUUGAAAAAUUUGACUGAUUUAGAUCUCUCUUAUAAUAAUUUGUCAGGUCAGAUAAGUUCCAUCAACUGGGAAAACCUUUCAAAUCUUGCAAAUCUUUGGCUGCAUGACAAUUUACUAGAGGGAACUAUCCCCUUGUCUCUGUUUUCCCUUUCAUCUUUGAAGAAUGCACUUCUCGCAAACAACCGGUUCUCUGGUCAAAUUGGCAACUUUCCGGUUGUGUCUUCUUCUCAGCUGGCUGAACUUGAUUUGCGCAGUAACAGUGGCACUUUAGAGCUAAGCAUCAUCCAGAAACUUGGAAAUCUUUCUACACUUGAUCUUUCUUACAAUAACAUAUUGGUGGAUGAUGGUUUUUUUGGUAAUAAUGAUUUCACCAGUUUCCCUCAGUUAAUGGAAUUAAGGUUGGCCUCCUGCAGGCUGAGGAAAUUUCCAAGUUUCUUGAAAAAUCAGUCAACGAUGCUGGCUUUAGAUCUUUCAAGGAAUCAAAUUCAAGGAGAAAUACCCAACUGGAUAUCUAAACCCCCUUUGCAAUGGCUCAAUCUGUCACAUAACUCGUUGAGGGAAGUGGAUGCAUCUUUUCGUAAUUUUAGUUCUGAGCUAAUCUUAGACCUCCAUUCUAACCAGCUCCAAGGGGAUAUCUCUCAUAUGAUGACGUUAGCUCGAUACAUGGACUAUUCAGAGAAUCGGUUCAGCUCUGUUAUUCCUGCUAACAUUGGAAGAAUCCCUAGAGGAAGUCAAAUUCAAACAUUUACAGAAGACUCCUUCAAAGAUAACAAGGGAUUGUGCGGGACUCCUUUGAAAGAUUGCGGAUCUGAUGUGCAGCCGCCGUCAACCGUACCCACAUCCAAAGGCAACAAUUCAAAUAAUGGAACCAAGAUUGACUGGAAUCUCAUAAGUGUUGAAGUGGGAGUUGUUUUUGGCUUGGCCAUUGUCAUUUUACCACUUCUGUUUUGGAAGAGAUGGAGGAUAUGGUAUUACACACGUGUCGACCGUGUUCUUUUCAGGUUUUUUCCUCGGCUAAAUCAAAGAGGCAGAAAUCGUGGGCGGAGAGCUCCAAGGACACGAGAGAGAAGGAUCUAGCAGUCUAGCACGGUCGUGACCAAAAGGGAGCCCUACGUCCUGAUAUAGUUGUUAUAGAAAUAAGAGAUGCAUUCGUCCAAUUUCUUGUUUGUUAAUCUUUAAGCCUUUCAAACAACCUUUAAGGUAUGAUGAUAUUGAGAGGUUAAGCUAAAUUUCUAUGCAUGUAAUUUCUACUCUUUGCAAAUUUCUAGUCUACUUUAUAUUAAAGAAACUUAUAAAUUGAUUGCCAAUGA